CAUUUGUUUUGAAAUCACAAAAUUUUUAUUUAUUUCAAAUAACUUAAAACAGAAUCGACGCUCGCAAUGGCCGGAUGCGGCCAGAAAUGUUGUGUUUCCGGGUGCGAUUCUCGGAAGGACGCCUCCGGCUACUCGUUCCACACCUUCCCGGUGGCCAGUGAGCUGCGGAUCGCAAACUGCCGCCGGAAGCUGUGGCACGAUGCCGUGUUUGGGAAGGACAGCGCCCGAAUCGCCUUGAAAAAUACCAAGAUUUGCGGGAAGCACUUCGUAACGGGUAAACCAGCCAAGCUCACGGAAACCUCCGAGGUCAACUGGAUUCCGACGUUGCAUCUGGGUCCGGGUCGGGUGGCACCGCAAGUCAAAACGAGCGGCGGACUGCCGCUGGUCGAGGAUGGCGUACUGCCGCCAGAACAGGUGAACUUCAAGGAGCAAAAAGUUGUCCGACAGGCAGAAAGCAACGAAGCCGAUCCUUUUCAAGAGGAGUUUAUAGUCAAAGUGGAAGUUCUAGACGUGGAAGCGGUCAAUGCUAGCAACGAAGUCGAUCCUAUCCCGGAGGAGGUCGUAGUCAAAGAGGAAGUGCUGGACGCGGAAGUGAUCAAAGCGAUGCCGAAGCAAGUUCCAACGAAACAACGAGUUCUGCGAGUAGAAAAGAGCAACGCUGUUGAGCCGGUUGAAAAUUUUGCGCAAGAAAUUAAAGAGGAAGUUCUGAAUGACGAGGAGGAAAUUCAAUCCAUUCGAAAAACACUAACUUGCCAAAUUUCAUUCAGCCGUUGCAUGUUUUGUCUGAACGAACUUCCUUCAAAGGAACAGAUCCUACCGGAUUUCAACAAGGAGAGCACGUUCCGAACCCAGGUUGAAUACGUUCUAGCAAAAACGAUCGAAGCCCCAAACUAUCCUUGCUGCAGUAGCUGCAAACAAAUGUUUCAACUGUUUUACAAGUUCAAAAAGUCUUGCCUCGUUGCCCUUGCGAAACCACUGGAUUUGAUCAAAUCUAAAUCGGCAAAGCGUCCAGCAAACCAUCCCAUUAGUCCAGCGCCAAAAAGAAAGUCAGAAGUGGUAACCAUCCACCCCAAGAUCGAUGAACGGGACCCGAACGAACCAAACGACGUAGAAGAUGACCCGGAAGAAUCGCCCUCAUCCGACGGAUACAAAGAGGAACGCAUGCGUUGCAAGAAUUGCGGUACAAUGUACGACGACGGGUUCGUACUGGCCAACCACAAGCUUAAGUGUCUACCGCCAAAGGAUCCGCCCCGGUGUAAUCUAUGUCCGGCGGUGUUCAAAAAUAACUGGGAUCUGCAGGUGCACCUGAACCGGCAUAACGGCUUAACCCCAUUCCAGUGCCGCAAAGAGGGCUGCACGAAGGCUUUCGCCGGCCCAAUUGUACGCAUCAUCCACGAGAAAAACUGUCAAAAGGAGUCCAACCAGGUCGUCUGUCCAAGCUGCGGCAUGGCGUUCAAGUGCGAGCUGUAUCUGCAGCGCCACAUGAUCACGCACGAGGCACCGAAGUACGAAUGCGCCGUUUGCCAUCGCAAGUUCGGCGAUUUGACCACCUUCCGAGCCCACAUGAUGCGACACUUUGAACGGAAUGAAAACCCGGCGGAAGAACAACGCCGCGAAGACGUUCCGUCCGACUUCCGGUGCGAUUCCUGCGAGCAAGAAUUUGCCACGCCGGAGCUUCUGAACGGUCACAAGGUGUACUGCGGGAAGAACAAAAAAUUCCGCAAGUUCCAGCUGCUCUGCUCGCUCUGUCCGGAGUCGUUCCACAAGCAGGAAACGCUCGAUCAGCACCUGAGCCGGCACAAGGGCAUCAAGUCGAUUCCGUGCCGGAAGGAGGGCUGCGACAAGAUGUUCUUCGAUACGGCUGGGCGAAACGUGCACGAGCUGUACCGCUGUGGGAGGGGCGGGACGCACGUCUGUUCGAUUUGCCAGGCGGCCUUCGGAACGCCGGCAUCGCUGCGGGUUCACAUGAAGGGACACAGGAAACCAACAGCAGUCAAGGAUUAGUGCAGAUUUUUGAGGGUUAAAAUUAAAUAGCGUUUUAUUGUUAAAAUAAAGAUUGAUAAACAAAUUUCAA